AUGAACUCUCUCUAUUUGUGGGUAAUCCCCUUCUUAAUUAUUAGAAUCAAGUCUGAGGAAUCCCAUGUAAGUCAAAAAUCCAUUACUGUAACAGUAUAAAAUUAUUGUAAAAAGUGAUUUGAAUGUACGCAAACGAUUUUCCCGCUCGGUCAGUUACUGUACUUAAACUACAGUAUCUUCCAACCUAAUUUUCUCUUUAUAAAAAACCGAUCUCAUUAUUUUAUACCAGCUGUUUUCAAGAAUGAUAUCAUUCCAGAGCUGUUUUGAUCGUUGUGAACGCCUCUUCAACCGUUCAUUGCAACGAAUUGGAGAGGAUUCAGCGCAUAUUCGGGAGGCCAUCCAACUCCAUAUUAAAGAUGACCAAGCCAAGUCCAUUUGCUGGUCAGUUUCGCUUUUAUUGUCAUGGAUAACAUCACUUCUAACAUUCUUUAGAUGUCUGACGGAAAAGAAAUAAAAAAGAUCGAAUUCGGAUUUUAGGAAAUUCACGGAUUUCGAUGAUUGCCUGAGACUAUGUGGAAAGAAUAUGCAAGAAAAAAGAACAAAACUGAUCGGGGAGAGGGAUCCGAUCAGGAGGAAAUGCAAACGAAUCACAGCCACAUCUCGUAUGUACAUCUGAACACGAAUUAUAGAACUGGGCAAAAGUUUUGACUUGUAGAUAAAAGAAAACCCUUUGUCAGGAUCACGUAACGUUGCGUCAGGUUGCGCAACUACCGUAAUCAAAAAGAAAAUCACGUUUUGUCCAUUCGCGGAGCUAAUGCUUGCGAUUUGUAUUACAAAUAUUACUAUAUUCUUGAAUAUUAUUUUAACUAUCUUUCUUUAGCAUAUCAGAAACAUUUCCGUUGCGUUCAUCGCUACCACAACUUCAUGCAAAUCCGUUGCUCAUCUUUUGCUCAAGAGGCAACCAAAUACAGAAUUAUGUCCAAGAAGGCGAAGAAUAAUCACACGAAGGGAGUGACCCGAGAUGUUUUGAUCCAGGAGACCUGUCGCUAUCUCCAUUACCACUCAAUGUGUCUCGCCAAUGCAGUCUUUGGCUAUUGCUCCGAUGCCGAUGAAUUGUUCAAUAGAUUCACUAUGAGAGAUUACUUCCUUUCUUAUGUGAUCCCAGACCAAGAUCAACUUUUCACGGACAAAUUACUCGAUUAUUGCCAGUUGUACGACUUCCAAAAGAUGGCCAAGGAUCUUUUCGAACAGACUAAAUCAACAUCCAAGAGGGAGCUGAAUAGAGAUGGGAGCAAUGUCUACGUGACACAUCCAAUGACCAUGCCAUUCACACACAAUGCCGAGGGUAAGAGACAUUUUGUCAUCACGAAUUGUUUUUUCUAGGUUCAACAAAAAGAACAACAACUUUGUUUGACUCGGAAGAAGACCUUCAGGACGUCCCACCCAACUUUUACUACUCCUCAGCCAAAUAUCCAAAGCAUUAUACGGACGCCAGGUAACCAGUUUCAAUAAUUUAUAAGGUUUUAGAGUAAAUGAGAUGUACAGAACUACCGAAAGAGGGAUGACUUCGGAUAUAGAUGGCAUCAAUCUGAUCACCAAGCCCGUGAACAUCGACUUUAGCUUCGAAUCUGAUCUGCCUGAAGAUAGCACGGGGCAGUAUGAUAUUAAUAGGAACAGAAACACGAAUCAGAAUAGUAACAGUCCCCCCAGAGCUCGCAAUCAGCUGAGACAAGAAGAUAUCCCAACUCAAGUCACCUGGCCUGAUAUUCAUCCAACUGUACUCACGAUUGAUCAAGUAUUAGAUCAAGGAGAAGCUAAGAAAGGGGUCAUUCCCUCCGUCCAAUCAGAUUGGCAUCCUCAUUACAACUUAGAAGGACCCAAGAACAGUAAACGGCCAGGGAAUCGGGAUUAUAAUAGGAAGCAGAUGAAAAAGAUCAAAGGGAUAUACGAGGAUCUGGAAGAGGAUGAAGACGAGUACGAUGAAGAUGGACCCAUGCUCCCCUUCUCCAAGGUUCAUAUUGCUAAUAUCCGUUCUCACGAUGACAUUCCUAGUGAGAAUGAUAACUUUGAAGUCAAACCAGGAGCAGGUAACUGCAAAACGCUAUUAAAAUUUGACGAUUUAGAUCGAGGGCCCUUAGACAACGAGGAUUAUGUGGAUUACGGCAGUGUGAGGCCAGGUAAGGAUAUUUUUGCUUUAGUUAAACAACCAUUUAGUAGAAGCAACAACCCUGGGUGAUCUUCUUCAUUCGGCGAUAACAACUGCUCUGAAUCCGACCGCCCGUCGUCCUCCAUAUCACACAAAAGAGCAGACUAAUACAGUCCUCUUACUGAUGGUGGCCUACACAAUCUUCUUCAUCGCCGCCCUUAUCAUCCUGAUUUCUCUGAUCAUCGCCAUGUUGAUGAGGAGGAAACGACAAACUUAUCAGACUUAUAUUGUAAAGAAACCAGUCAAGUAUUAG